AUGAAUGGGCAAGAUUACGAGAUUGCAAAAGACAUUCCAUCACACUCGUCUUCAUUGGAUUCAGAGAGCAAAAGUCAAAAAGAUUCGAAGGGUCGAAUUGAGACAGACGAAGGAUUCAAAACAAUCAGUCCAAAGACUGAAGAUAUAGAAAGACAUGGAUCAACCUCUACUGAGCUUUACCAAGAUCAUUCUUUCGACCACGUUCUGGAUGGGUCACCUUGGAGCAAUACCAGGCCAUCAUCAAAGCUGUGUGCCGUUUUUCAGAACAUGGCUAAUGGAUUGGGACGCGGUAAUUGGUUUGAAAGAUCAAAGGAAUUUAAAUACAAAUUCUAUGACACAGCUAUACGUCAUGUACGGAAUCCACUAAGCUUACGAAUUUCGGCGCAAAACAGUUGCUCUUUCUGUGCCAUAUUGAUUCGCGAUGAUGGCGAUGAAGAAAAGAAGCGCGGCGCUAAGAUUUCAAGAUAUAUUGAUGAGUGGAAGGCAAACUUUGGAGAAGCCCCUUUUCCGUUUUCGCAAGUAUACAUAGAAUCUCAAUCCCGUGACCACGACAAAUGGUCUCUUAAUUUGCGCUUUCCAAUUGAUCCCCACUGGAAGGAUCGAGCCUGUGGAUUUGAAUUCGUAGUGGAGAUAAGAAAAUCGCUUCAUAAAUAUAACGAAGUCUUCGAAGACCUGGAUGAAGUUUCUAAUACGAGUCAAUCAAUUCCUCUUAUCAAAGAGUGGUUGAGUGCAUGUCAGAGAUUGCACCCGGAAUGUAAAUCUCAGAGGCCAGAUUUCGUACCAACAAGACUUAUAGAUCUUCAAGCAGGACGUCCAAAACUUUGUUUGGGAAGUCUGAUUGAGGAAAACGAUCUUCAAUAUGCUACCUUGAGCCACUGCUGGGGAGCCCCAGAGAAGAGAUACCCGACACUAACGAAAUCAACCUUGCUGAAUUACUUAUCGAGAAUAGAUAUGGACGAGCUUCCGAAGACUUUUCAAGAUGCCAUUGAAGUUUGUAGGGAGUUGGAAAUUAGGUAUAUCUGGAUCGACUCGCUUUGCAUCGUAAAAGAUGAUAUUGAAGACUGGACAAGAGAGUCUUUCACCAUGGCUAAUGUCUAUGGCAGCUGUUUGCUGAACAUUGCCGCUUCUAGCUCCAUCCAUGGCAGUCAAGGAUGCUUUUUCAAUAGAAGUGAUGUUCCGAGGUGUCACAUCUCUUUGAAAGUUGAUGGGAAGAUCAAUGCUUUAUACUAUUGUACAAAAGUUAGGACGCAUGCUCUAGAUGACCUUAAUGUUUGCCCAUUAGAGAGUUGA